CACGGCUCAGUCGGCAAGUUUAGCUCAUCGGAUGCGUGUGAAAGUCUCCCGAAGAAAUCGUGUGUGGUGGAAAAUCGGUGUGAAAAUCUCUCUCAGCCCCAGAGCUCAGAGCCAGCAGCAGUUGUGAAAAAUUUGCCCCUUCAGUGGGUGUGAAGUGAAAAGUGGAACCGCAGCAUUUGAAUCAACGCAAAUCAACGAAUAUAGCUAUUAGGUACAAGAUUACACAAACAAAAAGUGGACUUAGAUCAAAGUAAAUAAAUAUUCAGAAAGAAGUUACAGUGUAUCGAAGCAGUGCAGUGCAUCAAAGGGGAUCAUCGCCCCCAUCAGGAAGAUAAAAGUCCCACUCGUGAGGGUAAUAUUAUCCAAGCAUCACCGGAAGUCAGUGUGUAAAUGUUUGUACUACCGCAUUUCGUUGGUCGUGUUCGGAAGUGAAGCAAAAAGAUAGCAAAAUUCAGAGCAGCAAGUGAAUUCGUUCCUAAAACGGCGUAAAUCAUGGCGGACCAUGAUUUCGCACCGAGCUUCACGCAGAAGCCUCAGCUGCGCCAGGAGGACGACGGCAAUCGGUUAGUGUUCGAGUGUCAGUUGAUCGCGAAGCCCAAACCGGCGAUCGAGUGGUACCGUAGUGAAGAGCUCCUGUCACAGAAUGCCCGCACCAAGUUUAAGAUCCAGUCGUUCGGCGAGAACAAGUACUUUGUGGUGCUGGAGCUGGACGAUGUGAUCGAUACGGAUGCGGGCCUGUACAAGGUCAAGGCGAAGAACCGGAUGGGCGAGGUGUCGGCGUCGAUCAACCUGAACUUCAGUCAGAGGAUAGAUAAGCGAGAGCGACAAAUCGACGGACUCGCACCGACCUUCAUCAAGAAGCCCUCGAUCCAGCAGGAGAACGACGGCAAGCGGUUAAUAUUCGAGUGCCAGAUUCAGGCCGAUCCGAAACCACAGAUCAGGUGGUCCCACAACAGCAAAGUGAUCGAUAACACCCCAAGGCAUAAGUUCAAAGUACAAAACGAUGGCAAGCUGUACUUCGCGACGCUGGAGGUGGACAACGUGUCGUUCGAGGAUUCCGGCAAGUACAAGGUGACGGCCAAAAACGAGCUGGGCGAAUCGAGCGCGACAAUCAGUUUGAACUUCGACAGUGAGGAAGUCCCAGUGCCAGCAGACGGGUUCAAGCCUGCCUUUACAGAACGACCUGUCACACGACAAUCGGACGACGGAAAGAAUAUUGUAUUUGAGUGUAGAUGUAUCGGUGAUCCGAAACCAACAUACACAUGGUUCCAUGAAAAGAACGAAAUUCAGAUGGGUGGCAGGUUUAGUAGCGAAACCGAGGAAGACCAAAACCAUUGCUAUCUGAUACGGUUUACGAUCCGGGACGUGAAACAGUUGGACCGGGGCGUGUACAACGUCUCGGCGAAGAACAAACACGGCGACUCGUCCGCCAUCAUUAAUCUGAACUUCGACUCCAGUGCGAAGAUUGUAAACCCGGAGGGUAAACCACCCCGUUUUCCACAAAAGCCCACCAUUUCCCAGAAGGGCGAUGUGCUCUCGAUGGAGUGCAUCCUGGAGGCCUUACCGGUGGCCGACAUUACCUGGUUCCACGGUACCGAAUCCAUUACCGAUGGCGAGCGGUUCAAAAUCUUGCGCAAAGCGAUCUCAAACGAUACCUACCUGCUAACACUCCAAAUUUCACAACCAACCGCCAACGGGGGCAUCUACCGGUGCCAUGCUUUCAACCCGUUUGGGGAAAGUAACGCACACAUUACGCUUAACUUCAAAGCGAACGAAAACGAUCGAGGCUUUGCUCCGUCGUUUGUGGAGAAACCGAAGAUCAUCCCGAACAAACUGGGCACGCUGAUAACGAUGAAGUGUAGAUGUAGAUCGAAACCGAAACCGACCGUCAAGUGGAUGCGCAAAAAACAGGAAGUCAAAUCGUCCAACAGGGUUGCCCUGGAAGUGAAGACCGUCGACGAGGACACGUACGAGCUGACGUUAAAUAUCAAGGACCCCAGCUCGGAGGACGGUGGCAGCUAUUCGUGUGUGAUCAGCAACGAGUUUGGCGAGAGCAGUGCGACGCUGAAUUUGAACAUCGAAUCCGAACAGGAAUCGACAAAGAAUGCUCCUAUCUUUGUCGAGAAGCCGCACAUCAUAUCGCUGGACAAUGGCAAGCUGGUCCGCAUGGAAUGCAAAGUCAAAACCGACAUCAAGCCGGACAUUACGUGGACACGCGAGGGCAAAAUCAUUAAGGAAACCAGCAAGCUGAAGAUUACGAUGACGGCCGAAAAGGAUGUAUACCACAUCUCCCUGGUGCUGAAAGAUCCACAGACGGAAGACUCCGGCACGUACAAGUGUAACAUUAAGAACAUUCUCGGUGAAUUAAAUGCCAAUUUAAUUCUUAACAUUGAGAUUGUUCCAGUCAUCAAGGAAAAACCGAAACUGGUGACGAACGUAAAGAAGCGAACGGCAUCGAUCGAGUGUGCGGUCGCAUCCCGCUUCAAGCCGGAGUGCAUUUGGAUGAAGGAGACGACGGUGAUCAAGGAGACGCACCGUCAUACCAUCAAGAUCGAGGAAACUCGCGAAGGCGAGUUCUCCGUCAAGCUCAACAUCACCGAUCUGAGCGAAGCUGACUUUGGUGCGUACAAACUGGUGGCGAAGAACGACAAGGGCCAGGCCACUUCGCAGGUUAUCGAGAUCAAGGAUAUCGUGUUCGAGAAGCCACCACCGACCAAGCCGAUCAUCGAGCCGAAACUGAAGGACGUGGAGGUGGAUGAGGGCGGCAAUCUGACGUUGGCUGUCGGCCUGGUCCAUCCGGAUCGUCACUUCAAGGUGUACUGGUAUAAGAACAAGACCAUCCUGAAGGCCAGCGAGACAGUUAUUCAGGAUUUCACUGGACGCAUGGCUAAGCUGACGGUCAAAAACUGCACCGUGGAGGAUGCCGGUACCUAUAAGAUAUCGAUCAGUAACGAACUCCAGAGUGACGAGUCCGAGGCCAAGGUUAAAAUCAUAGAAAAACCGAAGCCAAAGGAAGAAGAAAAGAAGAAGAAGGUCGUGAAGAAGGAGGAGAAGGUCGAAGAAAAGAAGGUUGAGGAGAAGAAGGUGGAAAUUAAGGUCGAAGAGAAGAAGGCUGAGAUCAAGGUCGAGGAGAAGAAGGCUGAGAUUAAGGUGGAGCAGAAGAAGGCCGAACUGAAGGUGGAGGAGAAGAAGGCUGAGCUUAAGGUGGAGAAAAAGGUUGAAGAGAAGAAGGCAGAGGUGAAGGUGGAAGAGAAGAAGGUAGAGGAGAAAAAGGUGGAGGAAAAGAAGGAAGUCAAGAAAAAGGUCGCUGCCAAGAAGGAAGAAAAGAUCGAAAUCAAGGUUGAAGAAGCCAAAAAGGAAGAGAAGAUCGAAAUCAAGGUUGAGGAGCCGAAGAAACCGGAAGUGCCGAAGAUCAUGGAAACCAAAGAACCCGAGACCAAGAAGGGUCUGGAAGCUCCCAGCAUCGAAAUCGUUCGUGACAAGGGUGGCAGUCGACGUGGUUCAUUCUUGGACGAUCGCCGUCCAAGUUUGUUGAUGGGUGAUGAUACGAAGCUACGACCCGGAGAGGUUAUCGACGAACGAAAGAAACGACGACCAUCAAUCGAUGUACGACGCCCGAGCAUUCAAGAUAUGGACGAGAAGAUCAAUCUACCUUCGACACCGUUGCGAGCCAUCGGCGAAGAAGGCAAAGCAGCAGCCAUCGUCGACUUCCAGGAAAGCUACUCCGCCGUUGAAGAUCAAACCGGUUACAUCUCGGUUCAGGUCGAGGGCAAUCCCGCUCCGACGUGGAAGUUCUUCAAGGGCAUCACCGAGCUCAUCGAUGGAGGUCGCUACAAGCAUCACACCGAUGGCGAAAGCAACACCAUCACGCUGUGCAUUCGAAAGGUCAAACCGAACGACGAAGGCAAGUAUAAGGUCGUGGUGUCCAACCCGCACGGUGAGGAUUCGGCCGAGGUGCAGCUGUACGUGUCCGACUCCAGCGGCAUGGACUUCCGUGCCAUGUUGAAGAAGCGAAAGUAUGCCAAGUGGGCCAAGGAGAAGGAAGAGAUGGUCAUCGACCUGAAGGAGGUUGAAAAGCCGAAGCCGCAGCUGAAGAAAGUGGAACGAAAACAAGACACCUUCUCUAGGCCACUGGUGGACAUCACUUGCAAGGAAGGCCGCGAAAAGAAGGUCGUUUUCGAAUGUGCCUUCACCAAACCGAAUGCCAAGGCCAAGUGGAUGCUGCGAAAAGACGAAAUCUUCACCGGUGCCAAGUACAAGUUCAAGAAUGAGGGUGAUGUGUACACUUGUGUUGUGUUGAAUCCCAAGGUUGAAGACAGCGGAAAGUACACAAUCGAAAUUGCCGGAAUCUCCUGCAUGGCCUAUCUGACCGUUGAGGAAGCAGAUCCAGUAUACAAAUUCACCAAAACGUUGAAGAAAAACGAGAAGGGCUUCAUCACGCACGACACUCAUUUGGAGUGCGCCGUUGAUAACUCGUUGGCUCCUAUCUCCUGGUGGAAGGGCGAAACCAAGCUGGAAAAUGAUGGCGAAAAGUACGUCAUCGGUAAGGACCUGAACGGUACGGUUACUCUAAUUAUCAAGAACUCCACUCUGGAUGAUGCCGAAACCUACACUUGUAAGAUCGAGAAGCAGACCGACAAAACCGAAACCAAGCUUAAGAUCCUGGAGUACAACUACAAGUUCACCAAAGUGCUCAAGAGCCAACAGCUGUUCGUCAAGGAUACGGUUACGUUGGCUUGCGAGUUAGACCACGUACUCGGCACGGUUGAAUGGUUCAAGGGAGACGAGAAAAUCGUGGAAAAUGACAAGGUUCAGAUCAUCAAGGAUGGUCGCAAGCACAAGUUGGUGCUGAAGGACGUCGCAAAGACCGACAGUGGCAUGUACCGAUGUGUUAGCAAUGCCGACAAAACCGAAGCAGAAAUCUUUGUUAAACGACCAAACAAGUUCAUGAAGAAGCUGCAGGAUACCACCGGGGACGAAACGACCGAGUGCGUGCUCGAAAUGCAAGUUCAAGACGAGGAGGCUGACGUACAGUUCUUCCUCGGCGAAAAGGAAAUUGUCAAGAGCGAUCGCAUCGACAUUGUCGCCACCGGUGACGGAACGUGGAAGCUGAUCUACAAAAAGCUGGAACUGGAUGACGCCGGUGAGAUCACCUGCGUCUGUGGACCGCUUACCAGCAAGUGCACAUUGAAGGUCAACAAGAAGGAAACGAAACCGAAAUUCGAGGUACCACCCAAAGUGGAAACACCGGCCAAGAAGGAGAAGGUCAUAGAGGUUCCAUUCACGACCGGUGAAUCGCGUCAGUCUAAGGUCACCGCUAAGGUGUUCAAAGAUGGUAAGCCGGUUUCACCGGCCGAGGUUGAUAUAGUUGUAGAGAAUGACAAGGUCGUGCUCAAGUUCAAAAAGACCGAGUUCAAGGACUCGGGCGAGUUUAAAAUUGUGCUGGAAAAUGCUACCGGUGCUGAGGAGCAUACCACCAAUGUUGUAUUUCAGGACAAACCGCAACCACCGCAAGACAUCGAGUGUACCAACAUUUUCCAGACGAGGUGUGUGGUCAAAUGGAAGGCCCCCGUCAACGAUGGUGGUGCUCCGUUGACCAAGUACGUUCUCGAACGGCAGGAUGUAUUCAAACGAUCCGGCUGGGACAAACUCGAAGAUGUGCCCGGGGAUCAGACCAAAUUUGCCGUUACGGAUCUUACGCCUACUCGACACUACAAAUUCCGUGUCAAGGCUGUUAACAAAAUGGGCGAAUCGGACUACUGCAGCAUGGAGGAGGACAUCAUUGCCAAGGACCCAUGGAACGAACCAGAUCCGCCAAGGGACCUGGUGAUCUCCAAUUGGGACAAGGAGUUUGUAGAUCUCGCUUGGAAGGUGCCCAAGUCGGACGGUGGGGCACCAAUUCAGAGCUACAUUAUCGAGUACAAACCGUACACGGCUGCCAAUUGGAAGCAAUUUGAAACUGUUGGUCCCACUCAGCUGACGACUACGCUUCGCAACCUGCCGGUUGGCGAGACCUUCGAGUUCCGCGUGAAGGCCACCAAUCAGGGCGGCGAGAGCAAACCAAGCAAUAACACCGAACCACUGAAGAUCAGGGAUCGCUACGUCAAACCCUUCAUUGAAGGUGACGGCAUCCAGCCGAUCACUUUGAAAAAGGGCCAGACCAUCCGGUACUAUGUACAGUACGGAGGCGAACCGGAACCCGAAGUCGUCUGGGAGAAGGACGAUAUUCUCAUCAUUUGCGAUUCGGAGAAACGCAAGACAAUCGAUGUAGAAGCGUACGCUACCACUCUUAACGUUCGACAUUCCGUACGUGCCGAUUCUGGCACGUACAAGCUGAAGCUCAAGAACAGUAGCGGAGAAUUUGUAACGGCAGCUAAGGUAUUGGUGCUGGACGUUCCAACGCAGCCCAUUGGUCCGAUUAAGAUCGAAAAGGCAAGAGCCAACCACGUGGUUAUCAGCUGGCAACCACCGGUAGAUACGGGAGGUUGCCCAUUGACUGGAUACCUGCUGGAAAAGAUGGACGUCGAGAACGGCACUUGGCUACAGGCCGGCGAAUGCGGCCCCGAUCAACUCACCUUCGACUUCCAGCAUUUACAGAAAGGAAGGAAGUUCGAGUUCCGGGUUAAGGCCUACAACAAGGAGGGUGAAUCUACGCCUUUGGAGACGUUGCUUGCGGUAAAAACGGUCAAUCCUUAUGAUCCUCCAGAAGCACCAGGCAAACCGGCCGUCGAUGACUACGGCGUGGACUUUGUCGAACUCAAGUGGGCGGCUCCGGAGAAGGACGGUGGACGGCCCAUCACGCACUACAUUAUCGAGUGCAAGAACAAGUUCAUGACGGACUGGGGCGAGUGUGCGAAAACAUCUACUCCCGACACCGUUUUCAAGGUUCACGGCCUGAAGGAGAAGGUGGUCUACCAGUUCCGUGUCCGCGCGGUCAACAAGGGUGGCACUUCCAAGCCUUCCGAGCCGAGCGAGAACCACACCGUCAAACACAAGAACCUGAAACCUCGCAUCGAUCGAACCAACCUGAAGAACCUCACCAUCAAGGCGGGCAAGUCUAUGAGCUGGGAAGCCGACGUCAAGGGUGAGCCCGAACCGGAGAUCAUCUGGAGCUGGCGUGAUAACAUUCCGCUUACCGUGAGCGAGAACAUCAAGGUGGAGUCGGCCAACUACCACACCAAGUUCUCGAUCAAGGAAGCAAAGCGUGCCGACACUGGCAAGUACAAAGUUUUGGCUCAGAACGCCUCCGGUAAGGAUGAGGUAGAGAUAGAGCUGGUGGUCUUGGGUGCUCCUGGCAAGUGCCAGGGCAAGCUCGAGAUUUCCAACGUUACCAAGAAGGGUCUGAAGCUGAAAUGGAAGAAACCGCUGGACGAUGGCGGUUGCCCAAUCAAGGAGUACAAGAUCGAAAAGUUGAAGAACCGCAAUGGCAAGUGGGUGCGCUGCGGUACGGUCAAGGGUGGACCGGAAAUUCUCGAAGCCGAUAUUACCGGUCUGGAUGAGGGAGCCACGUACAAGUUCCGUGUGUUCGGUGUGAACGACGAAGGUGAAUCCGAACCGCUGGAAUCGGACGAGGUCGUUGCCAAGAAUCCAUUCGACGAACCGUGGAAACCGGGUCAACCGGAGAUUGUGGACUUCGAUAACAAAUCCGUGAAGCUGAAGUGGGCACCUCCGAAGUCCGAUGGUGGUGCUCCAAUUGUUCAAUACAUCGUUCAGAAGAAGGAACGCUUCAAGGAUUGGGAAGACGUCAAGGAAGUUCCCGGACAUGAAACAACGGCUACGGUUGAGGAUCUGAAGGAGAACACCGAGCUCCAGUUCCGUAUCGUUGCGGUCAACAAGGCUGGACGUUCUCCCGAAUCGGAUCCAACGGCCACCCACAAGGUCAAGCACCGUUCGUUGAAACCACGUAUCGAUCGCACAAACUUGAAACCGAUUGUGGUCCGUGGAGGCAAGAUGGUUCACUACGACGUCAAUGUGAAAGGUGAGCCAGAGCCGGAGAUCACUUGGGUGCUCAAGGAGAAGCCAAUCCUUGGUGACGACCAUUACGAAAUCAUCAACAAGGACUACAACACCAAGUUCACCAUCAAGGACAGCAUGCGUAAGCAUAGUGGCGUGUACGAGAUCAUCGCGAAGAACGAGCACGGUAUGGACAAGGAGAAGGUCGAAAUCACAGUACUUUCCAGUCCGGGUAGACCGAAGGGACCUCUGGAGGUGAAGAACGUCACCAAGGACGGAUGCAAACUCAAGUGGAAGAAACCGGACGACGACGGCGGCAAACCAAUCACCGCGUAUCAGUUGGAGAAAUUCGAUCAAAAGGUUGGCCGCUGGGUCCCGAUCGGAAAGGCUCCGGGAGAUGCCGAAGAGUUUGAUGUGACCGGACUGCAGGAAGGACAGCACUACAAGUUCCGCGUCAAGGCCAUCAACGAUGAAGGCGAAUCCGAGCCGCUGGAAACUGAGGAAUACACGGUGGCGAAGAAUCCGUUCGAUAAGCCGAAAGCUCCCACCGAUGUGGUUAUCAACGAUUGGGAUAACUCCAGUGUUGUGCUACAAUGGAAACGCCCUAUCUCGGAUGGUGGUGCUCCCAUCAGUGGGUACUUCAUUGAGAAGAAGGAGCGUGGUGAUACCAAAUGGGAGCCGGCUCUGACGACUUACAGUCCGGAGUGUCAAGCCAAGGUUACUGAUCUACCGGAGAAGCGUACUUAUCAGUUCCGCGUCAGUGCCAUCAAUAAGGCUGGUACUGGUGAGGCGUCUGAUCCAACUGGUUUCCAUACUGUAAAGCACCGUUACCUGCGCCCACGCAUCGAUCGUACGAACCUCACGCCAAUCACCGUCAAGGCUGGAUUGUCGGUACAGUUCGACAUCGACAUCGAGGGUGAGCCUGCCCCGACCGUCAAAUGGUUCCACGGAGAUAAGGAAGUCGUCACCGAUGCGGAUUACAAGAUCGACAACAUCGAUUACAAUACCAAAUUUUUCAUUGUACGUGGUCGCCGCAAUCUGACUGGAAAGUAUACGAUAGUGGCCACCAACUCGCAGGGUGAGGACCGUGCUGAAGUGGAGAUUACAAUUCUUAGCAAACCGGGAACACCCGAAGGGCCACUGGAAGCCACGGACGUUCACAAGCAUGGCUGCAAGCUCAAGUGGAAGCCUCCACUGGACGACGGUGGUAUGCCGAUCGAAGGCUACGAAAUCGAGAAGCUGGACCCACUGACGGGACAAUGGAUCCCUUGUGGCCAGAGCAGUACUCCGGAGGCAAACAUUUCCGGCUUGCAGGAAGGCAAGCAGUACAAGUUCCGGGUUAAAGCGUUCAACAAAGAAGGUGACAGUGAGCCUCUGGAGAUGGAGACCGUGGUGAUUGCCAAGGAUCCAUUCAGCGAGCCAAGUAAGCCGGGCCGUCCUACGCCUACUGACUGGGGUAAAGACUUUGUCGAUUUGGAGUGGACCAAACCGAAGUCAGAUGGUGGCGCUCCGAUCACGGAGUACAUCAUCCAAAAGCGUGACAAGUCGAGCCGUAAGUGGCAGGACGCAGCUACCGUUAGCGGUGAUCGAACUCGUGGCACUGUUGAAGAUGUUGAAGAGGGCCACGAGUACGAGUUCCGGGUGGUUGCAGUCAACAAAGCUGGACCCUCGGAACCGAGCGAUAUCUCCGAUAGCGUGGUUGCUAAGCCGCGCAACUUGGCUCCAAGAAUCGAUCGCAAGAAUCUGGACAAGAAGCUCCUCCGCAGCGGCCAGCUUCUGAACGUGGAAGCGGACGUCACUGGUGAACCAGCACCAACGAUCACGUGGGAGCUCAAGGGCAAGCCCAUCACCGGAAAGGAGGAAGAACGCAUCCGGCUAGAUAACGAAGACUACAAGACUAACUUGAUUAUUAGAAACUUGAAACGUUCCGAUUCAGGCAUUUAUAAAGUUACUGCUAAGAACAAAAAUGGCACAGACACUGUCGAGAUGGAAUUGGUGGUGCUGGCAAAACCUUCGAAGUGCACAGGUCCACUGAAGGUGUCGGAUGUCACGGCAGAGACCUGCAAACUGUCUUGGCAGCCACCUGAAGAUGAUGGCGGUGAGCCAAUCCAGGCCUACAUCGUCGAACGCAUGGAUGUCGACAGUGGCCGGUGGAUCCAGGUUUGUGAGUCUCGAUUCCCUGAGGCAGAUGUUAGCGGACUGCAAGAAGGCAAGGACUACAUGUUCCGCGUAAAGGCUGUCAACAGCGAGGGUGAAUCCGAACCAUUGGAAACCGAUACCAGCACCCGUGCUAAGAAUCCGUAUGACCCACCAAGCGCCCCUGGAAAACCAAAGGCCACCGAUUGGUCAAGAAAGCACGUCCUUCUGGAAUGGGCUGAACCAGAAAGCGAUGGAGGUGCUCCUAUCACAAAGUACAUUAUCGAGAAGAAGGACGUUAACAGUACCAAAUGGCAGAAGGCAAUGGAAACCGAUGGACCAGUCGCCAAGGCCAAGGUUCAGGAUCUGUUUGAAGGCACCACUUAUCAGUUCCGUGUGAAGGCGGUGAACAAAGGCGGACAAAGUCCGUACUCACCUUUGUCGGAUCCAGUUCUGGUGAAGGAUCGCUUCGCUCCACCAAGAAUCGAUCGUUCUACGCUCAAGAACAUGACACUGAAGGGAGGCCAAUCACUGCGUCUUGAUUGUAAGAUUAGUGGUGAACCAGCCCCGACCAAGUACUGGUUGCUGAACAAGGCUCGUGUUGAGAAGGAUAACGCUGAAGUUCGGGUUGAAUUUGAAGACUACCGUGCCAAGCUGACGAUCGGAGCCGUAACUCGUGCCCACAACGGCACCUACGAGAUCAAGGCGGAGAACUCAUCCGGCUUCGACGAGCACCAGUUCACCGUUACUGUGUUGGACAAACCAACCGCUCCCGAAGGACCUCUCAAGGUUUCCAACGUGCACAAGGAAGGCUGCUCGCUCAAAUGGAACCCACCACUAGACGACGGCGGAGUGCCAAUCGAUCACUACAACGUGGAGAAGUUCGAUAAGGAAACCGGACGAUGGGUUCCUGUCGGACGCACUCCCGACACUCAUAUGGACGUCACCAACCUGGAACCAGGACAAGAAUACUUGUUCCGAGUGUCCGCCGUUAACGAUGAAGGCGUCUCGGAGCCACUGUCCACGGAACAGUUCAUGGUGGCAAAGAACCCCUUCGACGAACCUGGAAAACCAGGCACACCGGAAGCCUACGAUUGGGACCGCAACUUUAUCGAACUUCGCUGGACUCCGCCGGUAUGCGAUGGUGGCUCUCCGAUCACCAAAUACAUCGUGGAGAAACGCGAGCACGGAACCAUCAAGUGGAUCAGGGCUGCCGAAGUCAUUGGCAACAAGUGCGAAGCCAAGGUUACGGAGCUGAACGAAGGCGAGGUGUACGAGUUCAAGGUUCGCGCCGUCAAUGAGGCUGGUCCCGGCGUUUGGAGCGACCACAGCAAACCGAUCACUGCCAAGCCAAGGAAGCUGCCUCCGAAGAUCGAUCGUCGCAACUUGAAGAACCUCAGCGUGGCUAUCGGCGAGCCGUUCGGCUUUGAUGUCAAAAUUUCCGGUGAGCCCGCACCAGAUGUGGACUGGACGAUCAAUGAUCGCAUGGUUACAGUUACGACCACACGUACCAUUGACAACGUGCCGUACAACAGCAAGUUUGCCAACUCGAAUCCGGAUCGUCGUGACUCUGGCAAAUACAUAAUUAAGGCAACCAAUAAGUUCGGUACCGAUCAAGUGGAAAUUACGGUGACUGUGAGAUCAAAACCAAGUGCACCGGAAGGCCCACUGGAGGUUAAGGACAUGACAAAGGACAGCUGCAGACUGGAGUGGCAGAAACCGAAGGACGAUGGUGGUGUUCCGAUCGAUCACUACGUAAUCGAGAAGUUCGAUCCGGACAACGGUAUCUGGAUGACAGCCGGAAAGGUUGAGUGGCCUUUCACCGAGUUCCCAGUUGAGGGUCUGGUUCCUGGCCAUCGCUACAAAUUCCGUGUCAAGGCCGUCAACGCCGAAGGUGAAUCCGACCCGUUGGAGUCGGCUGGAACCUAUUUGGCGAAGGAUAGCUUCUCCGUUCCCGAUACGCCCAGCGCUCCGACGGUCGUUGAUUGGUCUGAGAACCACGCCGUACUCAAGUGGCCAGAACCAGACAAUGGUGGCAGUCCGAUUACCGGAUAUAUCAUCGAAAAGAAGGACAAGUACAGCCCAAUCUGGGAGAAAGCCUGCGAAACCACUUCUUCAACCCCAACCGCUACCGUCGGAGGAUUGGUUGAAGGAAACGAAUACCAGUUCCGUGUCAUUGCAGUCAAUAAGGCAGGACACUCGGAUCCAUCGGAUGCCAGUCGCACGUUCAUCGCCAAACCACGGUUCGCUCCACCGAAGAUUGACCGCAGAACGAUUCGGGAUAUUUCCAUAUCCGCUGGAUCGAUGCUCAAGUUUGACGUCCAUGUGUCCGGCGAGCCAGCACCCAAGUGUGAAUGGCGUAUCAACAAAGCAACCGUUUCCAGUGAUAGACGUCUCGAGAUCCUCAAUACGGAUUACAAUUCCAAAUUUAUUCUGCGCCCAGCCAACCGCAAUGAUUCUGGAGAUUACGAAAUCACUGCCACCAAUUCUUCCGGACGCGAUCAGGUCUGUGUCCAGGUGGUUGUUACUGACAAGCCAGGCACUCCCGAGGGUCCCCUCCAAGUAUCGGACGUCACAAAGGAGUCCUGCAAGUUGAAAUGGAAGCGACCACGCGACGAUGGUGGUUGCGACAUCGAAUACUACCAGAUCGAACGUUUCGAUGAGGACGCGAACGCAUGGGUUCCACAUGCUCGUAGCGUAGAAACCAAUGCUGACAUCAGUGGACUGCAAAAUGGAAAGAAAUACAAGUUCCGUGUCAGUGCAAUCAACGCUGAAGGAGAAUCCAAGCCUUUGGAACAAGUUGGAGACUUCAUUGCGAAGAAUCCGUUCGACGAACCAUCGCCUCCGCAGAAUUGCAAAGCAACCGAUUGGGGUCCAGACUUUGUCAAACUGGCCUGGUUGCCGCCGGUCAGUGACGGUGGAUCUCCGAUCACCGGUUAUGUCGUUGAAGUUAAGGACAAGUACGGAGAGUGGGAAAAGAAGAUGCAAGUUCCUGCCGAUGCUACCAACGCUGAUGUUCCGGAUCUGAUGGAAGGACAGAAGUACGAAUUCCGUGUUCGUGCUGUCAACAAAGCGGGUCCAGGUGAUCCAAGCAACGCCACUCCACCAAUCAUCUGCAAACCGAAGAAUCAACCACCGAAGAUCGACCGUACCAACCUGAUCGAUGUACGUAUCAAGGCGGGUAAUAAUGUGGUGUUCGACGUCAAGGUUACUGGAGAGCCUGUGCCGACGACAAGAUGGCUGCUAAACAAACGCGAAUUAAAACAGAACGAACGCUUCAAGAUUCAGGACUAUGAAUACAACACCAAGAUAACCAUUCGUUCGGCUACACGCGGCGAGUCGGGUACCUACACGAUCGAGGCUGAAAACGAAAAUGGCAAAGAUACGGCCAAUGUGUUCGUCACUGUUUUGGACGUUCCGAGCCCACCGGGAGGACCACUCAAGGUACAGGAGAUCACUGCCAAUGGAGCAAUCCUGGAAUGGCGUGCUCCGGAGGACGACGGUGGUCUACCGAUCGAUAACUAUAUCGUCGAAAAGCUGGACGAAGCUAAGGGAACCUGGGUGUACGCUGGUGACUCGGGCAGCAACAAGUGCAAAGCGGAAAUCGACGGUCUCAUCGAAGGACACUCAUACAAGUUCCGCGUCCGAGCCCAGAACAAAAUGGGCAAAUCCGAGCCACUGUCGAUGGCCAAUGCCGUGGUCGCAAAGAAUCCAUUCCGUGCUCCACAGCGUCCAGAGGACCUCGUCAUCACGGACUACGACAAGGAUUACGUCGAACUGGAAUGGAAGGCACCGGAAAACGACGGAGGAGCUCCGAUCACCGGCUACGUGGUUGAGAAGCUGAGCAAGUACUCGGGAGAUUGGGAAAAGUGCGCUGAAGUUGAUGGUGACGCCGUCACGGCAAAGGUUCCCGAUCUUAUCGAAGGAACCGCCUAUCAAUUCCGUGUUAAGGCGAUCAACCGUGCUGGAGAGGGAGAAGCAAGUAAGCCGACAGACUCGCAUAUCGCCCGCAGCAAGAACCAACCGCCGAAGAUCGAUCGUUACUCUCUUAACAAUGUUAAAAUCCGAGCGGGACUCACGUUCGAAUUCGAUGUUCCGGUUCAGGGUGAACCAGUCCCUGCUAAGGAAUGGACCCACAAGGACAAUAUGAUCAUCAACACAGAUCGCAUUAAGGUGGUUUACGAAGACUACAAAACCAAGCUGCGUGUUAUGGAUGUCAAGCGAGCCGACAGUGGAGUCUACACACUUACCGCCAAGAACAAGAACGGCAUUGACAUUGCUGAUGUGAAUGUGGUUGUGUUGGACGUCCCGGCCCCACCAGAGGGCCCCAUUCGUCACGAAAACCUGUCGAAGACUGGAGUCACGCUUAUGUGGCGUCCGCCGAAAGACGAUGGCGGUUCGGAAAUUCUGCAUUAUGUCGUUGAAAAGUUGGAUACUGAUCAACUGCGUUGGAUUCCGGUUGGAGAAACGAUUUCCACCAAGAUCCGCCCGGACAAUUUGAUCGAGGGUCACUCGUACCAGUUCCGUGUCCGCGCCGUUAACAAACAGGGUGAAUCUAUUCCUUUGACCACUUCUCAACCGAUCACAGCCAAGGAUCCGUACGCCAAACCAGACAAACCUGGCAAACCGGUGGUUGUGGAUUGGAGCGAUAACUACGUAAGCUUGGAAUGGAGCAUACCCAAGAAGGACGGUGGAGCUCCGAUCACAAGCUACGUCGUGGAGAAGAAGCCUCGCUACGGGGACUGGAAAUUCGCUGGAGAGUUCACUGAGCUGUUCAAACCAUCUGCCAAGAUUACCGAUUUGGUCAAGGACGAAGAGUACGAAUUCCGUAUUUGCGCAGUCAACAAGGCUGGUGUUAGCGAUCCAAGCGAAUCUUCGGAUCCAGUGGUCUGCAAGUCUCGCUUCGUACCACCGCACUUCGAUAAGAAUGCUCUGAAGGAUCUGAUCGUUCCGGUGGGUAAGAAGAUCGCUUACAACGUGACAGUUGAAGCUUCGCCGAAUGUGACGGCCGUUUGGAAGCGCGAUGGUGUCGUAAUUCCGGAAUCGCAGAGAGUUAUCCGAGAAGCGUACAACAAUGAGGUUUCCUUGGAAAUUCCAUUCUCGAUCCGUGAAGACUGCGGUAUGUACACUCUGAUUGUGAAGAACGAAUGUGGUGAGUACUCGGCUUCAGGACAUGUGACCGUUUUGGAUAAGCCAUCGCCACCGGAAGGGCCACUCCGAAUUACGAACAUCACUACCGAAGGAUGUCAUCUGGAAUGGAAGCUGCCCAAGGACGAUGGCGGCAGCCCGAUCACGCACUACGUUAUCGAAAAGAUGGACAUGUCCCGUGGCACCUGGUCUGCUGCCGGUAUGAGCACCUCGCUGGUGAACGAAAUUUCUCGAUUGAUUCACAACAAGCGUUACUCGUUCAGAGUUAAGGCCGUGAACGAAAUUGGUGAAUCAGAACCGCUGGAUUCGUCCAAUCCAAUUGUGGCGAAGAACGACUUCGAAGAACCAUCGCAACCACCAAAGCCACAGGUUGUCGAUUGGGAUGCCAAUUCGGUCAGCUUGGAAUGGAAUGCACCCAAGUCCGAUGGUGGUGCUCCAAUCACCGAAUACAUUGUGCAGAAGAAGGAGAAGGACAGUCCAUACUGGAGUACCGCUGGACGUGUGCCCGGAAUUCAGCGCAAUCUCAAGGUUCCAGAUCUGGCCACCGAAACCGAAUGGGAGUUCCGUGUCAUUGCUGUUAACGCCGCUGGAGAAUCCGAACCAUCGGAUGCUUCGGAUGCUGUGCUUACGCGAUCGCGCUUCAUUGCCCCCAAGAUCGUUACUCCUCUGCGGGAUAUGGUCGUCAAGGCUGGUCUAAUCUUCCACUUGGAUGUGACCUUCACGGGAGAACCGGCACCGGAAGUUGUUUGGACGUUGAACGGAAAGCCUGUUGAAAGUGACAAGCGCACGACGAUGACCGCCGUUGGACACCACACCAUUGUUCACACCGUGAACUGCAAUCGCGGCGACUCUGGUGAAUACAAGCUAAAGAUCAGCAACUCGAGCGGAACCGACGAAGGAAGCCUGCGCCUGACUGUGCUGGACCGUCCAGAUCCACCAGAGGGUCCUAUGAACUACGAGGAAAUCACGGAGAAGAGUGUUACGAUCUCUUGGAAACCUCCCAAGGACAAUGGUGGUUCGGAAAUUACUGGAUAUGUGGUGGAAAAGAAGGAUCUUACCCAUGGAGGAGGUUGGGUACCGGCUGUGGCCUAUGUCAGUCCAAAGUACACCCACACUGUUGUGCCUCGUCUCAACAAGGGCAACAAGUACGAGUUCCGUGUUAUGGCCGAGAACCUCCAGGGCCGCUCAGAUGGUUUGAUGAGCAAGCACCCAGUUGUGGCCAAGGAUCAGUUCGUCGCUCCUGGACCUCCGACGAAACCGGAUAUCACAGAUAGCAACUACGACUUUGUCACGCUCAGUUGGAAGCCUCCAAUUAGUGAUGGCGGUUCAAGAAUCAGUGGAUACAACAUUGAACGACGAGAUACGGCUACUGGAAGAUGGAUUCAGGCCAACAAGUACCCGGUUCCGAACAUCGAAUUCACAGAUACAGGAGUCAUCAAGGGUCAUCAAUACGACUAUCGUGUUUCGGCCGUCAAUGCUGCCGGACAGGGCCAACCUAGCGAUCCAUCAAGCAAGUGCUGGGCCAGACCAAUGCAACAGGCUCCUAAACUCAAUCUUGACAGUUUUGGCAAACGUACGAUCAAGGUGCGCGCUGGAGAACCAAUCAUCAUCACAAUUCCGUUGGUUGGCGCUCCGAUUCCGACUGUCGAAUGGUUCCGUAAUGGAGUUAAGGUACCGGAAACAUCUCGCACUACUAUCGAUACCAACAGCGAACAGACCGUGUUCCGCGUCGAGAAGAGUGAACGCAAGGAUUCGGACACCUACAAGAUCAAGGCGUCGAAUCAAUACGGAGAAGAUACCCGCGAGUUUGAAGUCAUCGUCGUCGAUCGUCCACAACCACCACGAAAUGUGUUCGCCUUGGAAACCACCCAAGACACCGUUACCCUCAACUGGGAUCCACCAAAGGACGACGGUGGCUCGGAUAUCACCGGAUACAGUAUCGAGUACAAAGAAUUUCCAUCAGAUAACUGGAAGAUGGUCUACGGUACUGUUCCUCGAUGUGCGCAUACUAUUAAGCAUCUGACCGAGAACCAUGAGUACAUCUUCCGUGUCCGUGCUGAGAACAUUUACGGAGCAUCUGAUCCAACCGAAAGCAAAACCAUUUCGCCGAAGAGCCCUGACCCACCACAGGCCGUCGAUAAACCAGCGAUCGAAGAUUACACUCCGAGCUCGUGUACCAUUUCUUGGAAACCGCCACGAGUGCAAACUCGCCCUGUCGUUGGCUACAUCGUCGAGAAACGUGAACGUGGUACUGGCGAUUGGGUGCAGGUCAACAACUACCCAACUGUCAACACUACUUACACUAUCCCUGAUCUGAUGGAAGGCUUCCGCUACGAAUUCCGUGUGAAGUCCGUCAAUGACGUUGGAGUCAGCAAACCAAGUGAACCGACCGAUCCCAUCACCGCCCAAUACCAACGCAAGCGUCCUAAUCAACCCGACCCACCGUCGAUCGAUAAGAUCUCCCGCAACAAUGUCACCUUGUCGUGGCGUACGCUGCGUAAGGAUGCCAAGGAAAAGAUCAAGGGCUAUUUGAUUCAGUAUCGUGUCAAGGACGAAGAAAACUGGAAGGACUCCAACAGCUUGGCUGAUUUGUGCAGCGACCAAUCGUACCGCGUAGAAAACUUGGAAGAGAACAAGGAAUACCAGUUCCGUUUGAUUGCCGUCAACGACAUCGGUUCGUCGGAUCCAUCGCGUCCAAGUAUCUCGGUCACGCUACAGGAACAGCCCAACAAACCAAUGAUGGAUCUGCGCAACGUUCGGGAUAUUACGGUCCGUGCAGGAGAAGACUUCAACAUUCACAUCCCGUACACGGCUUUCCCGAAACCGGUUGCCACUUGGUUCGCCAACGACGACCAGCUGGAUGACUCAGAUUCUCGCGUUCAUCAACAGCUUACCGAUGAAGCCGCUAUCAUGGUCGUCACCAACAGCAAACGCUCCGAUUCUAAGCAGUAUCGUCUGAUGCUCAAGAAUCCAUCUGGCUACGACAUCGGAACUUGCAACGUCAAGGUUCUGGACAAACCAUCCAAACCGGAAAACAUUGCCGUCGAAUCGUACGGUGGCGAACAUUUGACAUUGUGCUGGAACACUCCUCUGGACGAUGGUGGCUCUCCCGUCACCAACUACGUCGUCGAACGGAAGGAAAAGAACGCUUCCAGCUGGACCAAGGUCAGCAGCUACUGUACGACCACCUAUCUCAAGAUACGCAACCUGCGCGUCAACCAGCAGUACGAAUUCCGCGUCUACGCCGAAAACAAGUACGGUAUGUCAGAGCCGGCUCAAUCCGACACCAUCAUUGCCAAGCAUCCGUUCGAUGUUCCAACGCAACCUGGAACUCCGACCCGUGUCGAAACCACCGAGGACUCUGUCACCAUUACUUGGGCCAAGCCAGCCAGCAACGGAGGCUCACCGAUCACGCACUACAUCGUCGAGAAGCGACCGGCUGCCGAAGGCACCUGGACCAAGGUUCAACAGGGCACGCUCAAGGAUCUCAUGUGCAAGGUAUCGGGACUCAGCGAGAAUCGCGAAUACAUCUUCCGCGUUGCUGCCGUCAAUGCGGCAGGACAGUCCCCGUUCAGUUCGGCGUCGGACCCGAUCAUGGUCACGGCUGCCUUCUCCGCUCCGAAGAUCACCUCGGACAUUGGAAUGCGCGACAUUCUGGUCAUUGCUCGCGAUCCGUUCAAGAUCAUUGUUCCAUUCUCAGCCUCACCACGACCCGAUGCAUUCUGGUUGGUUAAUGGUAACGAGGUGUCGAGAAACGAAAGGAUCGAACUGCAAGUCACCGAUACGGAGGCCGUCUUCAAGAACGACAACUCGAAACGCUUGGAUAGUGGCAGCUACACUAUCCAUUUGGUCAAUUGCGUUGGCAAGGAUACUGCUUCGUGCCGCGUGUUGGUGGUUGACAAACCCACACCUCCGAUUGGACCGCUCGAAGUUUCGGAAAUUACUCCUGAGUCAUGUACGCUGUCCUGGAAGGUCCCUCUGGACGACGGUGGCAGUCCGAUUACGAACUACAUCGUCGAACGUUACGAACCACUGGGAUACUGGACCAAGGCAAGCAGUUUCGUCCGAUCAACCCACUACGACAACAUGGGUAUGGAAAACAACAAACAGUACAGCUUCCGGGUUCGUGCCGAGAAUCAGUACGGCAUCAGCGAUCCACUCAUCUUGGAAGAACCGAUCAUUGCUCGGUAUCCAUUCACGGUGCCAGAUCCACCGAACCCACCACGUGUGUCCGAUUGGGAUACGAGCUACGUUACCGUCACCUGGGAACGACCGCUCAUGGACGGUGGAUCUCGUAUUCAGGGCUAUCGUUUCGAGUACCGCGACGUUACCGACAGCACCUGGAUCGUGUGCAACUUCCUCAUCAAGGACACCAGCUACCAGGUGUACAAUCUUAUGCCGGGCAGAGAAUACGAGUUCCGUGUCCGUGCCCAGAACGCUGCUGGUGUGAGCAAACCGUCGGCAUCGUCGAAGCGGUUCAAGAUUCAUGGAAAGGUUACGCCACCUUCGGCACCAGGAGCCCCGGCCAUCGUUAAGGUUGGCAAGAGCUUCGUCGAUCUCAGCUGGACUCCACCGGCGAGCGAUGGUGGUUCCAGAAUCACCGGCUACUAUGUGGAGCGUCGCGACAUUGGAGGAGCACGCUGGGUUAAAUGUAACGAGUCGAAUAUUCCUGUUACGGAGCUCACGGUUACGAACCUCAUUGAGGGUGGAGUUUACGAAUUCCGUGUUUACGCUGUCAACAAUUAUGGAGUUUCACCACCAUCGGUUGAAACUCGAUCGGUUCGCAUUGGUGAACAGUUGGAUACCGAGAAACCGGAAUGGGUCAAGAGGUUGAAGUUCAGCUUGGUACCGCUUGGAAAAUCUGUGCAACUGACUUGCGAGGCUCACGGAAAGCCGGAACCAACCUGCAGAUGGUUACGCAAUGGAAGAGAGAUUACGCACGGUGGACAAUUUGCUCUGGAAAGCAAGAACGGUGUAUUCUCGUUGCACAUCUCGAAUGUUACAUACCGUGACGAAGGCGAUUACACUUGCGAGGCUAUCAACUUUGUCGGCUCGGUCCACACUACGGCUGCUGUUAAGAUUGGAGUUCCACCGAAAUUGGUCAAUAUUCCAUCGGAUGUGUACCUGAUUAAGGGAGAUAAUGCCAAGAUCAAGCUUGGCUUCAGCGGAGACCAACCAAUGGAGGUUAACAUUUCUAAGGAUCGUGAGAAGCUCAUCGAAACCGAACACAUCAAAUACACAGUCUUCGAUGACUACGCAGUUAUCUACAUCCGUGAUGUCGAAGAUGCCGAUAAGGGAGUGUAUUUGGUUAACUUCAAGAAUGACAGUGGAAGUGUAUCGUGCAAUGUAAAUGUUCAUGUCACUGGAUUGCCUGGACCACCGACGGGACCGCUACUGAUCAGUCACGUUACGAAGAACAUGUGCACCGUUUCGUGGAAGCCUCCGAAGUACGAUGGAGGUCGCAAGAUCACGCAUUACGUCGUUGAGCGUCGCGAUAUCAAAUCGCAGCACUGGCUAAUCGUUUCGAACUACAUUAAGGAAACACAGCUGAUCAUCAAGGGAUUGAUCGAGUUCUCGGAAUAUCUCUUCCGUGUGUCGGCCGUUAACGAGAACGGAAUGGGUGCUCCAUUGGAAGGAUCCGAUCCGAUCAAGGCACGCGGACCAUACGAUCUGCCAUCGCCACCCGGCAUUCCAAUCAUCCACGAGGUUGGAGGUGACUUCGUCAAUUUGGAAUGGGAGAAACCAUUCUCGGAUGGUGGUACUCGCAUCUUGGGAUACUGGAUCGAGAAGCGCGAACAAGGAACGGAUACCUGGCAGCGCGUCAAUACCGUGUCCUGCUCUAUUUGCACGAUCAACUGCCCGAAUCUUGUCGAAGGUCGAUUCUACGAGUUCCGUGUUGCCGCUCAGAACGAAGUCGGUUGCUCGGAAUUCUCGAAGGCUUCGCAACUGGUGAAGGCCGAGGAUCCGGAUGUAUGCAAGCCUCCAGAGGUCGUGAAACCACUGAACACGUUGACCUGCGUACAGAACAGAAACGUCGAGUUUGUGUGCAAAAUCACCGGAGUUCCGCGUCCGAAGAUCACAUGGCACAAGGGUGCCCGCGAAAUUUGCUCCGGAUCCCGGUACUACAUGUACAGCGACGGAGACAUGCACCAUCUGGCCAUUAACGACGUAUUUGGCGAGGAUGCCGAUGAAUACACUUGCCGUGCGAUCAACAAGGGAGGAGUCAAGUCUACCAAGGCCUCACUCAUCAUCAAAUCCCCACCAAAGCUCAACGUUCCACCACGAUUCCGCGAUACUGCCUUCUUCGACAACGGUGAAAACAUCGAGAUCAAGAUUCCGUUCACUGGCUUCCCCAAACCACGUUGUCACUGGACCCUCAAGGGAGAACAGAUUGAAUCUGGCAGCCACUAUCACAUUGAGACUCGUGAACGUCACACUGUGUUGACCAUUCGCGAUGGAUCGCAGCUGGACUCGGGUACCUACACGAUCACAAUCGAGAACGAACUGGGACAGGACACCGCCGAUAUCAAGAUUCAGAUCAGCGAUUGUCCAGACAAGCCAAGGAACCUCACUGUGGACCAAAUUGGAUUGGAUCAUGUCACACUCAGCUGGUUGCCACCAUCUUGGGACGGAGGCGCAAGCAUUACGAACUACAUUGUGGAGAAACGAGAAGUGCCACUGUCUACAUGGAUCCGGGCCGGAACAACUCGCUUCAAUCAGCUCAUCAUCCCGCAUCUCUCGCCCGGACAUCAGUACGAGUUCCGCGCGUUUGCUGAGAAUGUGUACGGACGAUCGGAGCCAUCUGAUCAGACUGAACUGGUUAGCCUGAAGGACCUGGGUAUCAAGCCUGCCAAGCGUGUCAAGUACGAACUGGACGAAAACGGCAAACCGAAGCGUCAAGGCAAGCGAGAACCAAUCUCGGACUACGACUCCUACGUGUUCGACAUCUACAGCAAAUACCAUCCGAAGCCAGUGGAGAUUUCAAACAAGAGUGUAUACGAUCUUUAUGAAAUUCUGGAAGAAAUUGGAACGGGUGCGUUCGGUGUGGUCCAUCGUUGCCGUGAACGUAAGACUGGAAAUGUCUUCGCCGCCAAGUUCAUUCCAGUGUCACAGAAUUCGGAACGUAAUUUGAUUCGCAAAGAAAUCGAUAUCAUGAACCAGCUGCAUCACCGUAAGUUGAUUCAUCUGCACGAUGCCUUCGAAGACGACGAUGAGUUUGUUCUGAUCUAUGAGUUCUUGUCGGGAGGUGAGCUGUUCGAGAGAAUCACCACCGAAGGUUACCGCAUGUGCGAACAGGAAAUCAUCGAAUACAUGAAACAGAUCUGCGAAGCCGUCAAAUACAUGCACGAGAAGAACAUUAUCCAUCUGGAUAUCAAGCCUGAGAAUGUGAUGUGCCAGACUAGAAAUAGCAACCAGGUGAAAUUGAUUGACUUCGGUCUGGCAACGCGUUUGAAUCCCAACGAAAUGGUCAAGAUCUCGACUGGCACAGCCGAGUUUGCCGCACCAGAAAUUGUCGAACGAGAACCAGUUGGUUUCUACACGGACAUGUGGGCCGUUGGUGUGUUGGCAUAUGUGCUGAUCAGUGGUUUGUCGCCGUUUGCUGGUGAGACUGAUAUUGAUACUUUGAAGAACAUCAAACAGGGAACUUGGGAGUUUGACGAAGUCGCAUUCAAGGACGUGUCAGAGGAAUGUAAGGACUUUAUCCGUCGCUUAUUGAUCAAGAAUACCGAGAAGCGUAUGACUGCUCACGAGUGUUUGAUGCAUUCAUGGUUGAGUGACAGCUACAACAGCUCGACGUCGUUGAUCUCGAUCGAACGGUACAAAACAAUCCGCGAUCACAUCCGCAGAAAGUACGACGACUGGGCAUCAUUUGUGCUUCCGCUGGGUAGACUGUCCGAGUACUCGGCUCUACGUAAGCUUCUGGUUACCAAGUACAAGAUCCACGAGACUUCAUUCGACCGUCGCCAAGCCGCUCCUCGAUUCGUCAUUCGUCCACAAUCGGCCUUCUGCUACGAAGGACAGAGCUGCAAAUUCUAUUGCCGUGUUAUUGGUGUGGCUACUCCUGUUGUGACUUGGUAUCACAACAACCAGGAGCUGAAGCAGUCGGUGAAAUUCAUGAAGCGUUACGCCGGCGAUGACUACUACUUCAUAAUCAACCGCGUCAAGUUGGACGAUCGCGGCGAGUAUAUCAUCCGUGCCGAGAACCACUACGGCUCACGCGAAGAGGUCAUCUUCUUGAACGUCCACCCGAUGUCGAAACAGGUACCAGUAUACAAACCAGAAACCCACACAGUCCGCAAACGCGAGCCAAGCCCGCGACCAUUAUGGCAGGAGGAAUCGGAUGCUGCUCCAGUGUUCACCUUCGCGCUGCGUCCGCGUGUCAUGCAAACCAGAGAUACUUGCAAGCUGUUGUGUUGUCUGAGUGGCAAACCAGUCCCGACCGUGAAGUGGUACAAGAACGGACGAGAACUUAGCCGUUACGAAUACUCGAUGACUCACACGGAUGGCGUGGUGACCAUGGAGAUCAUCGACACCAAGGUUGGAGACUCUGGCGAGUACAAGUGCGUGGCAAUCAAUCCAUUGGGUAAGGCCGAAACCAGUAGCGUCGUGAUCGUUGAAGAUCGCCGCAACCAGACGGAAGUACCACAGGCGGAAGCCAAGAAACCAGCGGUGAAGAAACCGGAACCUAAACCAUUGCCAAGUGCUACGAAGUCGCUGGGACCACCGGACGCACGAUCCCGGCAAUCCACCCGCGAAUUGUUGCCUCUGCAAUCGGACUCUCUGAUGCAUCCACCAAAGUUCACCAAGGAGUUGAAGGACGUAAUCGCUUCGGACGGUGAACCUCUACAAUUGAAUUGCCACGUCAGUGGAGACCCACUGCCACAGAUUGUAUGGACCAAGAACGGUAAAAAGGUGACGUCGUCGGACGUCAUCGACAUUAAGUACAAAUCGGGCAUUGCCAGCCUGCGAAUCAACGAAUUGUUCCCUGAAGACUCGGGCACCUACGUGUGCACAGCCAAAAACUCCAUGGGAGAAACGGCCACGCAAUGCAAGCUCGAUGUGAAGAAAGGUGCCAGCUCAGGCCGUGCUGGUGACAAGAAGGGUGCCCUUGUGAAGGCUCCAGUCAUUAACAAACACACCGAAUCCGGCUACUACAAGGACGGAUCGGAGGUGAUCAUCAAGUGCAACAUCACCUGCCCGGAUCCAUUCAAUGUGAUCUGGCUGCACGACAACCGAGAAAUCAAGAACACACCCGACUUUGAAUACGUGAACGACGGCGAUGCGUACUCGCUGCACAUCCCGGAAAUCUUCCCCGAAGAUGCCGGCACGUACACGUGCGAGGCAUUCAACAAAGGUGGCGAAAGCUUCAGUUCCUGUACCAUUACGGUGCUAUCCCAGGGCGAGCAGAAAGAUCAGCCGACCUUCGCCAAAUUCCCUGCUUCGUUGAGUGUGCUGGAUGGGGCGAAGUCCGUGUUUACCUGCGAGACGUACGAUGCGCCCUCCAAGCUGGAGUGGUACAAGGACGGUGAGCCGAUCAACGAAUCCUCCAACCGGUACCGAUUUGUCAAGAAGGACAACAAAUACACCUUUACCAUUGCCAAGUGUACGUUCGAGGACAUUGGCCAGUACCAGGUGCGGGCGGUGACACGCCAAGGAGACGCCCUGGCCUCAUUCUCGGUCAAUGUUAGUGCGUAGGGAACCUCCACGAGUUCGUAAGCUCUAGUUUAGUUCGUAAGGCCGUUAGGAAGUUAGUUAGAUAGACGUAAACGAGAAGAUUUUUUUUGUACUUGAAUUUUUUGUUAGAGUCUAAUGGAUAUUUUUUGAAUAAGCUCAAACCGAAUGUCUUUUGCGUCUCCAUUUGUAAGUAAUAUUUUUGUAAAGUAUUAUUUAUUUUUUGACUUUCAAAUCCGUAUGAACCGCGUAUGAACCCUUUGAGACAUAGGCAGUGAAUUUUUUAUUGUUGAUAUAAAAAUGACGAAAAUCCAUAAAAAUAAUAAAAACGAAAAAGUUAAUUGUAAAUAA